AUCAGUUCUGUGCCGACCGAGGGCCUGCGCGAACGCAAUCUGUGAUCCAUAGUUGUGGUCAGAAAAAAAUUGACUUCUAUUUAGGUCAUGAUAUUAUAAGUAAACAAUAAACAAUAAGAUGCCACUCAAAAAUUAUCCUUUUGAAAUUCGCGACGUUGAGUCAGACACCGCACAUUUGUUGAUGAAAUAUUUUACAGGUGAACUAACGGGAUUCGUCCGCGUGGGUCCUAAAGGAUAUUUCCUACCGAACAAAUUCAAACAAGAAGCCCACAAUAUUUAUAACUUGGAAAUCAGGCCGAGUGAUGUUUUCGUAGCUAGCUAUCCCCGAUCAGGAACAACCUGGACGCAGGAGCUAGUAUGGAUGGUAGCAAAUGACCUAGAUUACGCCACAUCCAAUGCUAUACCACUCACCGAAAGAUAUCCAUUUUUAGAAUUCUCAAUGUGUGUCCACCCUGUUCUCAAACAGCGCUUCAUAGAAGAAAACAGUUUUAACAUGAGAAACUUGAAGAUGUUAGAGUGGGUCACUCAGCCGGGGACUGAACAGAUCGCUGCGGCGAAGUCUCCACGAUUUGUGAAGACACACCUUCCACUCUCAUUGCUACCACCAACAUUGUUGGACGGCAAGGUGGUGUAUGUAGCCAGAGACCCGCGUGACGUGUGCGUCUCAUUCUAUCAUCUGAAUAAGUCUAUGAGGACGCAAGGUUAUACGGGAGACUUCAAGACGUACUGGGAAUUCUUUAUCAACGAUUUACAUCACUGGACCCCAUACUUUGAGCACUUAAAAGAAGCAUGGGAGAAAAGGCAUCACCCAAAUUUGCUGUUUUUAUUCUAUGAAGAUAUGUCAAAGGAUUUACCGGCAACUGUACGACGCGUGAUGGAAUUUUUCGGCAAAAAAUUCAGCGAUGAUCAAUUAAAUCGUCUCAUUGACCACCUAAGCAUCGAAAGCUUCAAGAGUAACCCCUCUGUCAACUACGACGUCAUGAAAGAACUUGGAAUAAUGGUUGGCGCAAAGGAAUUUAUAAGAAAAGGCAAAGCGGGAGGUUGGCGAGACUACUUCGAUGAGGAAAUGACAUUACAAGCAGAGAAAUGGAUGGCUGAUAACCUACGCGACACUGACUUGCGCUUCCCUCAUUUACAAUAAUCCUACACGAAACUCAUGCUGUCUUUCAUCAUUUACGAAUCUUUAUAGCUUUCGGUUUAAAUAAUCUCAAUACGUUAAUAGUUAAGAAAUAUAUUAGGUUGUGGAUGAAGCUUACGAUUGCAGAAAUAGUUGUACAAGUACUAGUAAAUCUCUUCUCAUCUGAAUAAAAUUGUAAUUUCUAGUGUUCAGUAAGAUACUUUCUUUAAUUUUUGUACAUUAAAGUUAAGAAUAAAAAA